ACUUAUCACAAUGCAUUGACGUAAACAUGGCGGCCACCAUGGAUUUGUGUUUUUCUCGUUCCUAAUGGAUUUCGUUGAAAAUUGGUUUGAAAUUGGGUAAAAUUUUGUUGAUUCGAAAUGACAGUCUAGAGUAAUAGGAUCAAAUGUUCCAUGCAGGCCAAAAAGCGAUAUUUUCUUUUAAUUCUUCUUGGAAUUAUCAUAUGUUUAUUGUGUUUUUUGGGUACAAAGCUCCAUAAAAAUUCACACCAUGGAAGAAUUUUUCAAAGAAAUUUGUACAGUUUCUUUGAUAUCGAAGAUGAAAUCUUUGAGGAGGAUUUGCACUUGUCCUCAAAACAAAGAAGGGAAACCGCAUCUGAGUCGAAAAAACAGCGUUGUAGAAUGGAAACCUGUUUUGAUUUCAAUAAGUGUAAACUUGGAUUUAAGGUUUUUAUUUACCCCAUUCAUGAAAGGGUUUCAGAAACCUAUAGUAAAAUCUUACGGACCAUUCAAAAUUCCAUAUAUUAUACAUUGGACCCGGAGCAAGCAUGUGUAUUCAUUUUAUCCAUUGAUACAUUAGAUCGUGAUACCCUUAGUAAAGACUACGCCAAAGACAUCCAAUCGAAAUUGGACCAAUUAUCUUUAUGGAAUAAUGGUAAAAAUCAUAUUGUUUUAAAUUUAUAUUCAGGAACAUGGCCGAAUUAUAUAGAAAGUUUGGAUUUUGAUAUAGGUGAGGCAAUGAUAGCCAAAGCAAGUUUAUCUGUGUUCAAAUUCCGCCCUGGAUUCGAUAUAUCGUUUCCCUUAUUUGCCAAAGAACUCCCCGAGAUAGGUGGGGAAAGAGCUUAUGUGUAUAACUCUAUAAACAACAUCCCACCGUUUCGAGAAUAUUUAUUAGGAUUUAAAGGAAAAAGAUAUCUAACAGGAAUCGGUUCAGAAACGAGAAAUUCACUCUACCAUAUUCAUAACAAAGAGGAUAUAAUAUUAUUAACUACAUGUAGACAUGGAAAAAACUGGCAGAAGAAGGCAAGGGAAUUAAAUGAUACAAGAUGUAAAGUUGAUAACGAAGAAUAUGACAAAUAUGAUUAUAAGAAGUUAUUAUACAAUGCUACUUUCUGUUUGGUGCCGAGAGGAAGAAGACUUGGAUCAUUUAGAUUUUUAGAAGCCCUGCAGGCAGGGUGUAUUCCUGUGUUACUUAGCAAUGGGUGGGAGCUACCCUUCUCUGAAGUCAUUGACUGGAGCAAGGCUGCGGUGUGGGGUGAUGAGAGACUAUUGUUUCAGGUUCCAUCCAUUGUACGAUCCUUGUCUGUUCCAGAGAUUCUGGCGCUGAAACAACAAACACAGUUCCUAUGGGAGACGUAUUUCUCUUCUGUUGAAAAAAUUGUAAACACUGUGUUACAGAUUGUAAAAGAUCGUGUGAACAAACAUUUGGCAAGAUCUCUAGCUGUGUGGAACAAUUUCCCAGGUGCUCUGUCUGUGCUACAAGAAUAUUCAACCUCCAAAUCACAGUACCCAUUCUAUUAUGCUGACAAUGGGACCAGUCCUGGGCAUCAGUUUACUGCCAUUAUCUAUGCAACAUCACCUGUCAUGCUGUCGUCUGCUCCAUUGUUUCGUCUCAUCAGAACUGUUGCUAAAUCUUCAUAUGUACAUAAGAUGAUAGUUGUAUGGCACUGUGAUAUAGCCCCACCGCCUGCACAAAAAUGGCCAGGAAACUUAGGUGUACCAGUACUAGUCAAAACUAGAAAUAUAAAGUCAAUUAGUGACAGAUUUCAAGCUUUCCCAGAUGUACAGACAGAUGCAGUGUUUAGUUUAGAUGAAGAUGCCUUAAUCACCACAGAUGAGAUUGACUUUGCCUUUGGUGUAUGGAGAGAGUUUCCAGACAGAAUUGUUGGUUAUCCUGCGAGAGAACAUUUUUAUGAUACAACAAAAAAUCGCUGGAGCUACACAUCUACAUAUAGUAAUGAAUAUUCAAUGAUUUUAACAGGUGCUGCAGUUUAUCAUAGGUAUUAUAAUUAUUUAUAUACAAACUCUCUUAGUACUGUAUUCACUCAAAUUGUGGACCAAUCUCAGAACUGUGAGGAUAUACUUAUGAAUUUUCUAGUCAGUCAUGUGACCAAACAACCACCAAUCAAAGUGACUCAUAGGAAAAUCUACAAAGAAAGCAUGCUGGGAAGUAGUGGUAGGACAAGAACUUCCUUUUCAUUAGAUCAACAACAUUUUUCACAGAGACAAACUUGCUUGGCUCACUUUGUCCAGUUAUUUGGAUAUAUGCCUCUCAUUCGAUCAAAAGUUCGAAUGGACCCUGUGUUGUUCAAGGAUCCAGUAUCAAACUUACGGAAGAAAUUUCGUCAAAUAGAAGUUAUAUGACAGAUUGGUUUUAGAAUUACUAAUACUUCUUUUUAAAAUUACUUCAAUAUCACCAAUAAAAAUUGACUUCUAAAGAAUUUUAUUUCAAUAUUUUCAUUUCAUAUUCCAUUGGUGCAAUUCAUUAUCCUAAAGGCAUUUAUAUUGAUAAAACAGUAUAGCAUUAAUACAAAAAAAAAUUAAACUUGACCAAUUUGUUAAAUGCAGACUUUACCCAGUAUUGUAAAAUUAAUAUAAUCAAGGGCAUCUCCAUAUAUUUGAAAGAAUCUUAGAUAAUUAUUACAAGGAUCACCACAGAAACAUAGUAGAGGGUUGAGCUUUUGAAAUGAUUUAAGUACACAUAUAUGUGUGUGUUAAAAAGUGUAUGCAAACGUCUUAAAUUUCUGAUAAAAUUUUUUUUAUCUCAAAUUUAAUCUUUCAAAAUCAAUGAAAAUCAUACUGAUAAAAAAUUUGUUUCCAAACUUAAAUGAUAUUAUCUAUUUUUUUGGCUGAAAAAAUCCAAGACGGUGCUGGAAAUCCAAGGAUGGUGCUAAAUUCAAAUAUUAAAGAGCACCCUCCUUAAAUAGCCUGUGGUGAUCCCUGUGUUAUGUCAGCCACAUGAUUUAAAGUUAACACAAUUGUUAUCCUCUGUAACUAGUUAAUCUCAAGAAUAGUCAUGCAUAGAACAAAAUAGAUUGUAAUUUCAAUUUAGAAUUAAUUAUUUGUAUAAAGAAAGUCUCAGAGCCAUCAAAUGGCAAUUGGGCAUUUUAUAGUGUAUAUGGUAAUCAUUUUAUUUAACUAAUUCUUAGUAUCACAUUAUAAGGCUAGAUAAAAUUAAUUUCUAAGUAACAUUCUCAACCAUCUCCUGAAUUUUCCAUUUACUCCUGAAGAGAUGAUAGUUAACGGUUAUGUUUUGUGUAAUAUAGUUUCCAAUUUUUAUUUUCACAUGAAAAAAUGCUAAAACACUUACUUUAUGUAAUUUCUACAAAUAGGCAGAAAUUAAUUGUUGUUGCCUAAAAUUGAUUGCUGUCCGAGUCUAAGUAGUCCUCUGCUGUGACCACUAGCAAGUCUGCACUGAGUUUAUGAGUUCUAACCGUUCUAAUUGCAAGGGGCUAUCACUUUUAUCUUGAUUGACUAAGAAUGCCAUUUUCAUGCCUUAGGUCUGCGGUCCUCCACCGAUAGAACUGGCUAACUUGAAAUAGCCAAUUAGGCUGAAAAUGGUUUUAAACAUCAACAAUCAAUUUUUGUAUUGUAAAACAAACCCUUUAUUUCAACAAAAUAUGCUUUGCAUGGCAAGGAAUAAAGGGGAAAAAAAUGCUGUUCGGCUGAAAAAAAAUUGUACGUAUGAGAAACUUGAACUUCAUUUUUUCUAGCCUAAGUGAUAAAACCACUUCAUAACAAAGGUUGUAUGUAAAUAGUAAUGAUUAUUUUAUAUUGUGAAUCCCCGGUAACUGUCUUUAUCAAGUUGUGGAAGGUAUUCAUUUGCAUGCUUUAAAAUGGAAUUAUACAUAGAAAUUAAUGUACUCAUAAAAGAAUUCGGAAAACAGUGAUUCAUUUGUUUAUCAUCAAGAAUAUUGUGUGGUAAGUUUUUUUUACUCAAGAUAGAACUAUAUUUCAGUGUAUAUUUAUCAAUUUUUAUUUAUCUUUAAAAAAAUCUAUCUAACAUACUAUCCAUGUAAAUCUGAAAGGAGAACUGAUAAAUAGAGAAGAUGAUGAUUUAUAGUUAUUGCCAGUAUUUAUCAGUUUUGUAUAUUAAUAGUUAAGGAUGUUCGCUACUCUUGUUUUUGACGUUUUUUGUCAGAUAUUCGGAAUCCCCUAGUUUUAACCAUGUAGUGACAAUAAAAAAAAACUCCCGCUAACCCCUACUUUUCUGUUCAUAAUUUUAACACAUAUAGUUUGACAAACCAUUUAUGAAUAUCUUAUAAAAUCCUUGUUAUUUUUUCAUAGUUUUUGAAAGAAAAAAGGCGCCAAUGUUAAAUGUAUGAAAAAUCUAGAGAGAAUCAUUUCCCGCCAAAUUUUUAAUUGAUUAUAUCUCGAAAACAAGGUCACGGACCUAUAAUUUUUUUCUGCUUUUUAAUUUCAGUUAUUUAUAUACUAUCAAUUUAUAACAGUCAUUUAAAAAGCUUGUUAUUUUUAAAUAGAGGAGCGAACAUCCUUAAGCUAUUUAUUGUGACAAGAAAUUUGUAAAAGUAUGUAUUGUUAUAAUGUGGCAAUAUAACUAAAUUUUUGUAGUAUUUUUAUCUCAAUUUGUUCAACAAAUAAAUAACCAUUAAUAUUAAAGAAACAAAUAGCAUAUGGAUUUUAUAGAGAUAAGUUAAGUUAUCUCCCCUUGGUUAGCAAGUUAGUUGGAAAAAAUGACUAAAGUUAAGCAUUUGCUGGUAAAGUACCUUACAGUUUGAUAAAACAAAUAUUCCUAUCUUCUGAUAAAGAAGAGAUAUUUGCAAAUAUCCCAUAUGAGAAGUUUUACACUUUUAUAUUUGUAGUACAUCUUAUCACAUGAUUAAAUAUGUGUAAUUUGCUUGGUUUUUCUGACCAUGUUUUAUUUUAAUCACAUAUUUUUUUUUCAACAAAAUAGGACAUUAUUUUACAAGUAUCAAAUUUUCAAGUCAUAUACCUCUAGUUUAACCACCUAUGGAAAUGGUCAUAAACUUAAAUUGUAUAUUCUUGUUUUGAAUAUUGAAUGUUUGUUAAUAAAAUAUUGCUAGUCAGUAUAAUUUAAAUAAAGACUGACUCUAAAAUGUAUUGUUGAGAAUAUUUGUAGAAUAGAAGUACAUUUUUAUACUCUUUAUUUUCACAUAAUAUCAUUUACACAUUUUACAAAUUUUUCACAUUUUUGCAUGAUUUAACAUUUUUAUCACAUUUCAUUAUUUAUGCAUAAAUUUAAUGUUAAUGAGAGAAAAUAAGUGAUUAAUGUUGAGUGAAUAUGAUAUAUGAUUAAAUGUGAUCUUUGUGAAAGCAUAGUUUGAUAAUAAAAAAAUAUACCUGUGAUUGUUGUUAUAUUUUUAUAAGUUCCUCGAAAAAAAAAUGUAUAUUUUGAAACUUUAAGUUCUAGAAAAAUAUGUUGACCUAAUAAAUGGUGUCUAUCUUAGGUUGGCACAGUUUUAACAUGUUUUAGAAUUUAUUUAUACAUAUCUUGAAAACAAAAUUUUUGGCUUGCAUGAUAUCUAUCAUGUCUAUAUCCUGUUUCUGACAUAGUGCAAAUGAAAUUUAUAUUCGUGACAAUAUAAUUCCUGAUAUACUGCAAUGCUUUCUUUUUUUCUGAGUAUAUAAUUGUAUGCAAUUCUUUGAUAUUCAAUUGAAAUGAAUCCGAAGAUGAUAUUGCAGGUGAAAUUAUAAAUUUUGGAAAAAUUCUGUGAAAAGUCGUAGAUUUUAUGGAAACAUAUUAUUAUGUUGCACACAAAGCGUUAUAUGGUCAUUGACUGUAUGUAAUGUAUUAAAAAGUGUGUAUGGGAUGAAAGCAUACUUGUGUAUAUACCAUAUAAGAUCGCCUAAUGGAUUGUACAAUGUAUAUAUCCUACUGACUUAUCUGAUAUCUGGAGAGAGAAAAAAACCAUGAGUUUCUAAAAACUAUCUAUUAUUUAUUAUUCCAAAAUUUAAUAGAUGCUUUCUAUAUCGGGCAAUGCCAAUAAAGAUAACUCUUAUAGACUCUAUGUAUUCAGCAUUGACAUAGCACAGUCAAUUGAAUUCUUUGAAAUCAAUAGAAGGUACAAUAUAGCAAAUUACUGGUAUUAUACAGUCAAUAAAUAUUUAAUAAGCUUUAUAAUCAGUAUUUAUGGUCAGUAUAGAAAUGUGUUCUUACUUGAAAGUGUUCUGCAGUACUUACAUUUAGAUUACAAAUACCCUUUAUUUUCAAAACUUUAUACAUACAAAUAUAAAACUCUUUUUUUUAACCGAUUGCCUACUUACCAAAACGGCACCAUAAUUCCCUAAACUUGCGCUAUAUUUUCAUUGUUUAUGCUUUCUAAUCUUAAAAAUAUAUACAUUUCUGUAUUAUUCUGUUCUGAAAGCAGGCUUUUUUUUUAACCUUCAGAAUAAGUUGUUUCUACUUAAGGUUGAAGAAGAAACUGAGAAUUUGUCGUCACCAUCUUAUAAAAUUUAAGGAACUUAGCAGAUUGAAUCCAGUAUAUAGUAUAAACAAUGUGUCAAUUUUAUUUUUUACUUUCUAUUUUUAGGAAAAUACUCUUCAAGAACUAUUCAGAAUCUUUAAAUAAUUAUGUUUGAGAUGCACCAAAUCUUCUGUCUAGUGUAAGAUUUUAAUUGUGCUGGUUUGGGCUACUUCUUAGUUACACAGUCAUUUGUACUGAUUUUGUGUCAUGGAUCGAUACCCCAUAUCCUUUGGUUUUUUUAUUAUUUAGGGUUUUCUAUUAGAUAUCUAGAUCUUUAAUAAUGCAUAUUUGUGCUUGCUGCUUAUGAGAUUUUAUUUAAGAUUCUUAUUUUAGUGUAAAUAAGAAAAAUCAAAACAUCAUGAGGAACAAGUCUCACUAUUCAAAUCUUUGAUUCUUCUAUAAACUUCAUAUGUGUUGAUUUCUUCAAUAAAUUUGUGAUAGUUAAGUGUGAAUAUGUUUUUUUUUUUGAUUUGAUUGAGAUUGUAUGAACAAAUAAACAUGUCAUAUUUUUUAUCACAUAUUUAGAAUACUAUUGAAAAUAAUUUGAUGCUUAUUAAUUUAAUUUAUAUACAGUUCAUUAAAUUUUUUUUAUUCAAACUUGAAUUCAAGAAAUGUUACUGAGAGUAUAAAGCCCCUCCUAAUAUUGAAAUGUAUUGAAUAUAAAGGGGAAAAAGCAUUUACUUAACGAUAUUUUAUCACCAUAAUUUAUUGGUAGAGAAGGUAUCUUACAGAUAAUAGGGAUAGCAUUAUUGGAUUUUUCGAUUUUAAAAGUCCAACAAACAAUGCUUUUAUUUUUAUUAUGCCCUAACUAAAAUAGAAGGGGGAAUUGUUUGCAGAUCUAUGGGCUUGUCUGUCCUGUAUCAGGUUUAAGUUUUGGUUUAAGGUAGUUUUCCAUAGAAUUGUGGUCACACCAACUUGAAACCUAUUACACACUUAUUAUGAUGUGAACUUUUAAAAAUAAAUGCUAAAUUAGUAUUUUGACCUAUAUUCCACAGUUCACUGAACUUUGUAAUCUGAUACUGUUAGCACGGCAUUUAUUUUUUCCCUUCUAAAGCACAUUUAAGUCGCUGAAUUCUAAAAUCUAAUAGGAUAAAAUUUUACUUUUUUUCCCUGAUCUAUAAAUAUUUUUUUAAAUGUAAAGAUUGAUAGUUUUCAAAUGAUUUAGAACAUUUUUGAAUUGCUAUAAUGACAUGAAAGUACUUCUUUAUUUUGUAAUCUAAAAUAGAAUGGUCUUUUAUUUUGGUAAUUUAGAUUCACCUGAAAUCUUGCCUAAGCAGACUUCAUUUUAUUUACCAAAAAGAAUUUCAGAAUUUUGGGUCCUCAAUACUUUGGCCUUAUUAACUUUUUUAAUUCCAGAGUCACUCAUUGAUGAAAUAUUUGUAGACGCAAGGCCAGUCUGACGUAUAAAAUUUUAAGCCUGGUAUCUUUGAUGAGUUGAUAUAUGAGAAAGCUAUUGUAUUCAUAAGUUUAUGUAAGGAGCAUCUAUUGCUUACAAAUUCUAAUUGGCAUGGUAAUGAAAUAGAUGUUUGUUUUGUUCUGACAUAGUAAUCACAACUUUGUCCACACUAAGUUGUGAUUUGGCAGUUUUGCUAAAUUAAUGUUUGGUAAUAUUUUCUUUCAUACAAACUAUUAAAAUUUUAUUGUAAUUGUUAUUAAAAAUUUUGUAUGUGAUGAACAUUUACAGUAAUAAAUUGGAAUAUAUUGAUA